GGGGGGAUGACCUCAGCGCGUUGGCCCGAGGUAAACAAGCUGGUCGGGGCGGCCAUGGCUAAGGGCUGCUGCUAUUAAUGAAACUACUUGGAAAUGGCCACAGAAACAGUCAACUUUGUGGCUUCAUGGCUUUGAUCCCGUCGGACACUGUCUUUGAUACACUCCAUAUUAGACCGUGAUCGCUCUCCUCAGCCAUGUCGUCACGCGUGUUGAUGCGGCAGCAGCUGAUGCGAGAACAAGCUCGGGAGCAGGAGAGGCGAGAAGCCCAGCAACAGGCCUCCGCCUCUCAGCUCCGGGCCCCGGACUCCACUCCAGCCAUCUCUGUCACACUACAUCCAAAUACAGCCCGGCCACCUCCAGCGCAGGUGCCUGUGGAGGUGCUGAAAGUGCAGACCCACUUGGAGAACCCCACCAAGUAUCACAUCCAGCAGGCGCAGAGGCAGCAGGUGAAGCAGUACCUCUCGACCACGCUGAGUAACAACGCCGUCACUCAGACCCUCGGUGUGUCGCCUGGGCCACAGUGCAGUUCUGCCCCCGAGGUGGCCCCCACUGCCAACAGCGCCCCUAACAGCCCGAUGGCGCUACUUAACAUCGGCUCCAACAAGGAGGAAAUCGAAGACGUUAUUGACGACAUCAUUAGUCUCGAGUCCAGUUUUAAUGAUGACAUCAUUACAUUGAUCGACUCAGGUCUUCAGUUACCGAGCACGCUCCCAGGAAAUCUACUGGAUGUCUAUCACAGCCCUGGAAUGGCAGCACCCACUCUCACAGUUAGCAACUCCUGCCCUGCUGAUCUUCCCAAAAUAAAAACAGAAGUUACUGAUGCUGACACAAAGGCCCUCCUGAAGGAAAGACAGAAAAAAGACAACCACAACCUGAUUGAGAGGAGGAGAAGAUUCAAUAUUAACGAUCGUAUAAAGGAGCUCGGUACUCUCAUACCAAAGUCCAGUGACCCUGAGAUGCGCUGGAAUAAAGGCACCAUUCUGAAGGCCUCUGUGGAUUACAUCCGGAAGUUACAGAAGGAGCAACUGCGAGCCAAGGACAUCGAACUACGUCAGAAAAAACUGGAGCAGGCGAAUCACAGUUUAAUGUUGCGGAUCCAGGAACUGGAAAUCCAGGCACGCGUCCACGGCCUCUCUUCCAGCAGCAGCAUCUCCUCUGGUCUGACCUCCAAUCCGGCCCUGCUGCAGCAGCCGCAAGCCCCGCAGAACGGCCAGUGCUUACCCCACGCUGCAGAAGCAACGUCCGGGCAUAACCUCCUCAAUCUGGGUGCAGCAGCCAUCGGACACCCUCUGCCCACCGCCUUCCUGUCACCACCUUCAUCAGAGUCCCCUGCUGGAGUCACCAUCAGCAGCCCGUUGGACCUGGGCAGCCUGAGCUUCGCCGAGCUGGAAGACACCUCCGCUUCGGCGCUCUACCCUGAUGUGGGCUUGGGAGACAUUCUCAUGGACGACGGGUGCGCCCUCUCCCCGGAGGCGGCGGCUGAGCCCCUGUUCUCUCCUUUGUCACCGGGUGCCUCUAAAAGCAGCAGCCGCAGGAGCAGCUUGGACAUGGAUGAGGACUUAUGAUGAGUCCUGAGUGCCCGCAGAGACUGAAUGUCAGCAUGCAGUCCGCCAUCACGGUAGGUGAGUCUAGACCAGGGCUGGGCGGAUAAGUUACCAAGGGGCCACGUGACAAACAACAUCCUGCCAAGGGCCGGGCCAGCCGGGCUAAGCUAUGGAAAAUAAGAUCAGCAAAUUUCAAAACAAAACAAAGCAUUCGAAAUAGAACAUUUUUGAAAGGCAACAACUUUUUAGAGACAACAGAGUGGGACGUGGCCCAGGGACUGUAUUUUGCCCAGGUCUGGUCUAGAAAGUUGGCCAGAAACAUUUUAAAGAAAAAAAAAGUCAGAUUGAAACUAACCUAUAUAUGUUUUUUUCCCGUUUUUUUAACUGUUUUUGUUCACUUUGAAUGAUUAUGUGUGUUUGUAAAUGCAAUAGUAUAAAAUAUAAUAUUGUCCACUAGGGAUGCUUACAUUUUUAUACAUUUCAAUUAAUUAACAUUCUCAGAUAUUUUUUAAAGAUUAAGAGUAAUAUAAAUUUUGCUUGGAUUUAUUAUAGGGAAUAUUUUUGUUUUAUCACAUGACAAUAUUGGCGAAAGCAAAUGUUAAUGAUGCAGAGAUAUAGCUGUUAUUUUUUGACUGGAAUCAGGGUUUGCCUGCUUGCUCUGGCGGGGGCGUCUGGAGCAGGUACAAAAGGGAUAUUCGGAAAAUCAAUUGGCACAUGGUGAAAUAUUUUCCCUCGUUUGUAUAUAAGAAUAUUUUAUUUAGAGCAAUUGCACUGCACCUUAUGUUAUUGCAGUCUAUGCAUUUAAUGAAAUAUUAUAUCCGUUUUCCUACAGUGACACACAGUGUAGUGGAACCCCCCCCCCCCACUACCCACCACCCAAAUGAGCUGCUGCAGCUAGUUAGCCAAAGCAGGACUUCUUCCGGUGUAGCCACAUCACUUGUCACUCUUCUAUUUUUCACUUUCUUCAGCUUAUAAGAAAUGCAGUUGGGUUUUGCUGUAGUUGAUAUUUUUGAUACCCGAGUAAUUUGUUUACUUUUGAGUAGUUCUUUUGUGACUUGUCUCCAUUGACCUUGGUGAUCACUGGCUGAUUUUACCAGUUCAUAUUUUGUCAUGGAGGUGGAAGCGUGUGAAACCAUCUGAGAAUGCAUCAUGUCCCAAGUAGACCACUAUUUUCUACGAUGCAGUUCAUUAUGCGUAAGAAGUACCCAUAAAAAGGCAUUUCAUUCAUUAAACGUGUCAUGCAACUUUUGGGAAUGAAUGUGUUGAUUUUUUUCAAGACACUUUAGUACUGUAUUUCAGAUCAAGUAUUUUCAGUAAUUAUAUGCUUGAAUUUCCGAUGGCUGCCAGCAAAAAAACACAAACUGAAACCUUAAAGGCGUAUUGAUGAUUAUUUAUUAGGAGUUAAAUUUGUAUUUUUUUUUCUUGGUGCCACUGGUGUGGAUGGUUAAUUCCCAGAUCAGACACCAAACUGUUUUACACAACAAGCACGUCCGACCCUUUCACAAAUGUACAUGUUUUGUGUCUUCCGCAAUAGAGCACAUUUGAACAAAUAAACCGUUCUUUUCA